UUGAAGAACUCGAUGAGGUCUGGAUAGGACAGGCGGAACCAGGUUCGGCUCACGAGUUGAACGCUCCGUUUCGGCAUCGGAGACGACCGUUCGGAAUAGAAUCGGAAAAGAUCGAACUAACCGGGCUUGCUGCGAUGAUUGCUCAGAGGACUUUCGACGAGAGUCUGCUGGCUUUGGAGAGACACGUGAGCAUUGCAAUGGAAAUAGCGUGUAUGUGUCGCUCAGCCCGCGGGAGAUUAGGCGCCGGACUGGAUCCCGGAUACGUUCUGGAGGAUCUGAGGUCGUUCUGGGACCGAUUAGAAGAGUCGAUCUACCAAUUGGGGGACGAGAAUCGUAACGAGACCGAGCGGCUCUCGUUGGUAUCAUCAGCUCAAUAUUUCAGCGGACAGGUUUUCGUCCUACCGAUGUCGAUUACUCUCAACCAUGGUAUAAAACCGAAAUAUGUCGACGUUAUUCUCGACUACGGGUCAGCGAGCACGACGUUCGCAGGAACAAUGUUCAAUGGACGGUAUUCGCGAAUUCUCCUGAAAGUUAAUGCGACGGAGUCAGCACAACUCAGCCUAACUUAUAAAAGUCCGUUUUCCUUCAUAAAGCGUUCGAGGAAACUGCUAGCUGUCGCUCGCACCGUGAACAUAUCUUAUUCACCUGAAGACGAUUGCUUCGAGGUUACCGUGCUGUUCGGAAACCGUGAGCAGGACGUGGGGCAAGCAACUUUUCACGUUGAAUGGUAUCCCAAGAAUUGCUAACGCGAUCUGACGCGGCCUCAUAACGACUGUAAAUGACGAUUAGGUACUUAGGAACUCUUGUAUAGCUAAGUCCGGAGGAAAACACCGCGUGUAUCCCACUGUAUUAGCGAAAAAUAGGUUUUUAAUAUUUCCUCAACUGCCGCACCAACGUCUCGCAUCGUAGACGGAACUCCGCAUCAGGGAGAUCACUGUUUCGAUCAACCGAGCUAAUCUAGCCGAUCCAAUUUAAAUAAAUAGACAUGUA